UUACCUAAAUGAUUCUGCUACUCCAGUUCCCAUCACCAUCGUCCUCAUCAUCAUCCUGAUGUUUGUAAUCUCUCUUCUCUGUCUGUGACAGCAAAAACCCAAAAGCCCCACCGCCAUCUACCUCUCAAGGAAUCACCUUUCUACCGGAACUGAAACCUGCUCAACUACAGCGCUCGACCCAUCUUCACCCUCUCUCUGUUUGUGGAGACGAGAAGGCAAACGAUCUACUUCCCGCGGCUCCCACAUGCCAAUCAAGAGCCUAAUCCACGACAUGCGCUCGCGCUCGAGCCGCGCGGUCCACGACGGCUCCGCUGCUGCGGCGGCGGCGGCGGCGGCGGCUGCGGAUGACGAAGGCUUGAGCUGCUGGGCCAGCAUGCCCCAGGAGCUGCUGCGAGAGGUGCUGGUGAAGAUCGAGGCGUCGGAGGGCUCGUGGCCUUCGCGAAAGAGCGUGGUGGCCUGCGCUGGGGUAUGCCGGAGCUGGAGGCACCUGGUGAAGGAGAUCGUGAAGGUCCCUGAAGUUUCCGGAAUCUUAACCUUCCCUAUCUCGGUUAAACAGCCUGGGCCUAGGGAAUCUCUGCUGCAGUGCUUUAUCAAACGAAACAGGUUCAACCAGACGUAUCAUCUCUAUGUCGGUUUGACUAAUGCGCUUAGUGAUGACGGGAAGUUUCUUCUUGCUGCACGCAAAUGUAGACGCCCCACCUGCACAGAUUAUGUGAUCUCCCUGCAUGCGGAUGACGUCUCUAAGGGUAGCUGCACCUAUGUUGGGAAACUAAGGUCUAAUUUUCUUGGAACCAAGUUCACAAUCUCUGAUGGGCAGCCACCUCAUGCAGGAGCAAGGAUGCCAAAAAGUCGCUCGACCAGGCUAGUCAGUUCAAAACAGGUUUCACCUAGGGUUCCAGCAGGAAACUAUCCGGUGGCCCACAUAUCUUAUGAACUGAAUGUGUUAGGUUCAAGAGGACCAAGGAGAAUGCACUGUAUUAUGGAUGCCAUCCCUGCCUCAGCAAUUGAACCUGGAGGAGUUGCCCCCACACAGACAGAGUUGCCUCUCAGCAGCGUAGAGUUCUUUCCCCCACUUCCUUUUUUCCGAACAAGAUCAAAUCGCAUGGAGAAUGUGUGUUCAGGACCUAUGGUUAGUCAGAAAGAUGGAGCCUUGGUGUUGAGAAAUAAGGCUCCUAGGUGGCAUGAACAACUUCAGUGUUGGUGCUUGAAUUUCCAUGGACGAGUAACAGCUGCCUCUGUCAAGAACUUUCAGCUGGUUGCUUCUCCAGAAAACAAACCUGCUGGGCCCCAACAUGAGAAGAUCAUCCUCCAGUUUGGGAAGGUGGAUAAGGAUUUAUUUACGAUGGAUUAUCGGUAUCCCCUCUCGGCAUUCCAGGCUUUUGCAAUCUGUCUCAGCAGCUUUGACACAAAGAUUGCGUGUGAGUGAACUAUUGAACAGGGGAUGCCUAGUCUGUCGCGAAGUAAAACUCUUCUGAGCCGGCGAUGACGGUGCUUGGACGAUGGGUACACUCGGGGGAUGCAGAUGCUGCUUGCGCCGAAGUGUGAAAAGAUUUAAGUUAUUCAGCUCGGUUCUUGAGUUAGUUGGAAUAAUUUCUGUACAUAAAGUUUCUCAUGUACAUGAAGUUGGUGCUUUCUCAGUAUGCUACUAUACACUUGUUUAUCUUUUGAAUAAAAGAGUAUCCGUUUAAUGGAAAGAAGCGUCCUCUGAAUGGCCAGUCAAAGGAAUCGCGCAACGGAUGAUUGAAUCAAUGAAUUAUCGAGGAACUUCUCUAUUCUUGGUUGUAGAUCAUAUGAUGCAUUUUCUCAAGAACCUACCUAUAUGUUAAUGUCGAUGUUUGUUGAUCAGUAUCUGCAUCACAUACAGAUGCCUUGGCAAAAGUACUGGCCAUCAAAUGAUGGUAUACCAUGGUUUGCGCUCAAUCCUACUACAAAUCAAUCAUAAGUAAAUUAGAUGAUUUGGCAGCUCCCAAAAUCCCUAGAAAGCAUGCCAAGCACCUGAACUAAGUCCGACUCACAAGUACAAUUAUUCGUGGAAAGGCUCAGAUACAAAUUCUAUCUGAAUACAGAAGAACCAAAUCACCACUCGCCAUAGAAUAGGAGGUAAGGAUGACCGUACUAGCUUCAUAUGGCAAUAGAUCAAUAAAUAAACAAACAGACAAUUCCAAUGAUGCAAAACUGUGCAUAAGCUUAAAGUUCAUUCUCAUGAUAUGAUUUUCUACUCCUCUAAAAUUGCCCAUAUCAACUACCCAAAUUGUCUGGAA